GUUACAUCCGGCGUUACUAGCGCCAACUCGGAAAAACCUAGCUAACUAGCUACUGUCUUUCAGCAUCAUCUAAACAUUAGCUAGCUUGUUAGUUAGCUUUUCAGCUAGUCAAACUCUUAGGACAAAUAGAGCUCAUAGCCAAGUCAACCUAUGAGUCGCAAACGAAACCACAGUUUUGCCGAAACGAGUCUGUCUCCUGAACUCCACGGCGCCUUCAUGGAGCCUCCCGGUUCAACGAGCCGAGGCGAGGGCGAUUUCCUGGAGCUGGAGCACGACGAGGAGCUGCUCUGCUCGGUCAGCGACAUCACCGAACACCUCGGUAGAAACAUCACCGUGGUGCUGGAGACAGCGCUGUCCGAGAUCCGCAAAAUGGUCAGCAUCAGGAUACGAGUCCUGAAAAUGGAGCUACGAGAGAAAACCGAUGAAAUUGAAGUCUUAAAGGCGAGACUAGAUACAGUCCAGCGGGAUGGCAGGGACCCUUUCCCCGGCGUUACGACCAUGGAGUCGUCUGCAGAUGCGGGCUUCAAGAAACAUGACUUCAGCUCAGGGAACAAGCACAAUAGUGUUGACCCAAGGAGAGCCAAGGCUGUCAUGCCGGGUGUGAAGAAGGAGAAUAUAGAUGCUAUUUGCGACUAUUUGAUGAAAGACAAGAACUCGAGGGGGUGUGCUGAAAUGGACGGAGACCAGAGCAGCCAAGCCAGCGGCGACCGGGAGUCUCGCCAAGAUCCGGACCCGCACUCCCUCAACCUGUGGCCCGACAGCGGCAUGGCUGGCUCGGGGCACGGCCACGGAGACUCCGAGUCCACCACAGACGACCUGUUCAGUAUGCUCCCCUCUGGCAGCAAACGGAUGUAUGACUACGAAUGGAUAGCACCAAUGGAUUAUUCUUCAGACCUGAAAGUCCUGAAAGAGCCCGAGUGUGAGAGCAGCCCGACGGCUCCGACCGAGGAUGAGGAGGACGAUGAGGAAGAAGAGUCGCUGAGUAGGGACGGGGCAGGGCUGGAGCCGGCCCAGGCCCCGCUGUCGCACGUCCAUCCCUCCGAGUUCUCCAUGGAGCCCCAGAGCUCUCCGGGGGAGGGGGGGAGUCCCCUACAGGGCAGCACAAACAGGCCUGUGGCAGGUCAGCAGUUCCCCGGCCACACCUACAUCUGCUCUCUGUGUGGAACCUUCUGCCCUGACUCUGUGUUCCUAAAGGAGCAUGUCAAACUGAUACACUCGGAUUCAGCAGGCGCCCAGGCUCUCCAGGCCCUGCAGUCCACCUGCUCGGCGGCGCCCGCCAUGGGGGACGGCAGUGCUGACCCGAGGAGGGGCGGCGGCGGGGGGGGGCAGGGCGAGGACGGCACUGGGGCUGUGCCUGGCAACGGUGGCAUGGCGCGGGCAGCGGCGCCUGUGAAAAAGGAGAUUAAAAUUGAGGGCGGGUACGAGUGCGGGGACUGCGGCCGCCAUUUCAACUACCUUGGCAACCUGCGGCAGCACCAGCGCAUCCACACCGGGGAGAAGCCCUUCAUGUGUCCCGAGUGCGGCGAGCGCUUCCGCCAUGCCGCCCGCUUAAAAAGCCACCGGCUGGUGCACAGCAGCGCGCAGAGCCCUUUCCCAUGCCCCCAGUGCGGGAAAGGCUUCUCAGUGCUGUCGGGACUCAAGAGACACCAGCGGGUGCACACGGGCGAGAGCCCGUACGCCUGUCCACAGUGCGGCCGGCGCUUUAAGGAGCUGGGGAACCUGUACACCCACCAGAGGAUCCACAGCGGCGCCACGCCCUACUGCUGCCAGCAGUGCGGCCGCAGCUUCCGCCACCUGGGGACGUACAAGAGCCACCGCUGCACGCCGCUAGGGGUGUAAAUCACAAGUUCAUUUUUUUAAUCACAAUAUGGUAUUAUAUUGAUUCUUUGGACAACGGUUGGAUAUUAGCUAAUAUCUCAAAGUCUGUCGAGAUACAAUGGCCAUUCAAUUCAGGGGCCUGCGAUCGAUGAGAAGAUAUCCCGCGCCCGUUUAACACACUUACACUACUAGGGAUGUAACGGUAUGAAAAUGUAACCUCACGGUUAUAGUGACCAAAAGGAUCACGGUUUUUGGUAUAAUCGCUGUAUUUUUAAAAGUGUGUUCAAUGCCUUUAGCAGCAACUUUUUUUCCUGCACGUCCCGCAGACAGUAUAACUAUCUUUAAUCAAUGGGGCGUCCUCUAGCCCACCCAGUAAGAGCGCGCACCCAUGUACGCUGGGUCCUGCAGCGGCCCGGGUUUGAAUACUUACCUGCAGCUCUUUGCUGCAUGUCAUCCCCCGUCUCUCUCCACCUUUCCUGUCUAUCUACUGUCACUCAAAGGGGAAAAGCCUGGCCUUCGGCAAUCUUAUAAUAACCCAAAUAUGCCCAUGCUUCAGACUUAUUCCUCUUAUAGGGCUCAUAGAUAUCCUGAGCGCUGUUAUUGCCUCCUUCCGCCAUGAUUCCAACUUCAAGAAUCGCACGUUGUAGGCUACGCAGUGCGCCUGCGUGGCAACUUCAGGAGACUCGGAUGAAGCUGGGAAGGAUUAAACACACGGUUUCCACACCGUGGUAUUCCACUGUGAUAAUAAUGAUAUUUUAAAUCAUAACGGUAAUUGUUAUCAUCAACAUUUUUAUCAUGUGUACCAUUCCACCGGUAAUUGUUACAUCCCUAUACACUGAAAUAUGAUUAGGAUCGGGCACCGAGAACCGGUUCCGACGAAUCCAAUUUUUUUUUGUGGAAUCGUGUGUAAAAUUUGGAUUACCGUAGCGACCACUGUGCUUCCAGGCUUCUUAUUGUGUUGCAGCCAUGGAGCACAGUAAGCGGCGCUCUAAAGUGUGGCUUUAUUUUACAUGAAAAAAAAGCCCAGUAAAACUGUAAAUCACCAUUAAAUCAAAAUAAAAAUAUUCCUCUUAUCCGUGAAAUAAGCAUGACCCGUUUCCACUUUGCCACUCGAAGAAUCGAUGAGAAGCGGAAUCCAAAGGAAGAAUCUGAAUUUUAAUUAGAAUUGUCAAAAUCAAAACGAUGCCCGACCCGAAAUAUGAUUUGACAAUUUUAUUGCUGAGCUCUUCCAGACAUUGAAUUAAAAAA